UCGCCCGGCGUGGCUCAGCGCACCUCCCCUUUCUCUCUCACUCACUCCUCACUCACGCACUCCCCCUACAUCCUUCCUUCCCUCCUCUCUCCAUCCAUCCGCCCAUUCGUUUAGGGCUACAACUCCAUGUUUUGUGGGGGGGCUAUGUUGCAAGCGGGACAGGAUUUGUGCACGGCCGCUAUCGAAAGGAGUGGGCAGGGAUCGUGCCGUGAAUGCGAGAGGCAGGGGGAGAAGGAACAGAGGCAGGGGGAGACGGAACAGCGGGGGAAGGUCAAGUGCGUGAUCGGCAGGAAAGAGAAGGUGAGACGCUUGUGCCCAGAAAUGGAGGAACGGCGAGAGGAGGAGGUCGCCAUCGAAAUCUCGACGGUCUGGAGAAGCAGGAGAAGGCGAAGGGUGAGGGUCAGGAUUCGGGAUCAGGAGGGUGAGGGGCUCGGGAUUUUUGGUCGGCAGGAUGGGAUGCGACGGCAGAGGAAGCAGAAGGAGAGUCGGCGGGAUAGGGUGAAGCAUGCGAGCGAGCUGAUAAUUGGUAUGGAGGAGGCUGUCAGUGAGGAGGAAAUUGGAGAUAUUGUGAUAAACAUGGCUACGAGGCUUCUAAUUGGAGCUGGAGCUCGCGCAUUAUUCUACCCGAGCCUGCUUUACAAUGUUGUUAGGAAUAAAUUGGAGUCUGAAUUCCGCUGGUGGGACUACAUCAAUCAGUACCUUGUUCUUGGAGCGGUACCUUUCCCUGGAGAUGUCCUGAAGCUAAAGGAACUGGGCGUGCACGGUGUUAUAACUCUGAAUGAACCAUAUGAAACUCUUGUUCCCCCAUCAAUGUACAAGGAGCACAAUAUAGACCACCUUGAGAUUCCGACUCGAGACUUCCUGUUCGCUCCAUCACAGGAGAGCAUUCAGCGUGCUGUUGACUUCAUUCAUAGUCAUACUUUGAAAGGCCAGGGCAUCUAUGUACACUGUAAAGCUGGUCGCGGAAGGAGCACUACAGUUGUUCUGUGUUAUUUGGUCGCGCAUUGUGGUAUGACCCCCAGGGAGGCACUUGAGUUUGUCCAAGCGAAACGCCCCAGAGUUUCACUUGCGCCGGCACAGUGGCAGGCAGUGAAGGACUACAGCAAAACAAUCCAGGCCCAGCGAGGGGAUGGUCAGAGCUGCCUGAAACGCCUGCAAUAUGACGGUUUUGACACAAGUGUAGCUAAAGAGACUUCCACGUGUGGCAGUAAUGGCCGACGGCAGAGCCAGAUUGAGAUGUGCUUUAUUUCUAAGGAUGGAGAUGAGGCAGUGAAGAAGUCUGCCACAAAGACAGAUACAGGAGGCACAGAAAAGAUCGGGUCAAAUGAAAGUGUACCCAUGUGUUUCGAUUGCUCCGAGUCGUCCUCUGAUCUCAGCAAUGAGGAGUGCGAGGAUGAUGAUGAUGACGGCGAUGAUGAUAUCUCGUUCCUUGGAACUAGCGUUGAUUUGGAAGGCUAUUGCUCAGAGGAUGAAUUGUGUUUCUGGAACGGGAAUGACAAUUACGAUGCUUGGGGCAUGCAACGGGUCGGUCAUUGUGUUGCGAAAGUGGGCCACUCCGCAGUGCGGACGGUGUCUGAUGUUGUUGGCGCCGCUGGUGCAAUGGCCGCUUGGAGUCUGGCAAGCAUGGGGUGUUUGUGGAUCGCGGGGCGCACUUCCCCCAGCGAGCCCUCCAUUUUCGUCUACAAUUGCAACCCCUGCUCUUCUCACUACAAGGACUCCACUGCACUUACCCCACACAAGCCCCUCGGGUCCGAACAUUCUUGCCAUGACUCAGCAAACCAGGGUGACAGUGUGUUAAAGUCGAAGUCGGUAUGAUUGGUGAACCGUUGAAGAGCGGCUGAACACUUCCCGGGCUUCUUCUGUACAAUGCCAUUUUGUAAGCCAGCACAUGCACAGAGUAGGAACAACGAACGCUGGUCCGAACGCUUCGACAAGAUGCACCGGCCAUACGGAGUAGCACCCAAAGACACUGGCAGUUGGCGGGAUUGAUUGCUGGGAUUGCAGCCUAGAAACGACGACUGGUUGGAGAGUGAAGUGCUGCUGGAAAUGUGAUGUGACAUUUUGUUCGAUGGAAAGCAGUGGCAGAUGAUGUCUGUCAAUGACGAGGCUUGGAGGAAAGGCACGUUGGUAUCAUGUCUUCUGCAGCAAGUUCUUCUUCGGUUUGCACUUAACUUUCAGCGGCCCCGCACUAGAGGAUCUGCUGAGUGAGAUGACGCUGAUACACAGUAGCUGGUUUGGGGAGCUGUCAAGAAUUGACUGUGCUUCACCAGUGCAUAGGCGGAGGAAGGGAGUGUUGGCAUUUCGGUGUGAAGAUUGUUUGCGGGCAUACAAUCUCAUGGGAGACCGGGUGGCAAUUGCAGCUCAGCAAGCUGCGAAACUGAUGGGUAGUGACAAAGUGCACGUGGCCCCCUGGCGUUGGAAGCACCGAUAAGUCUGCAGUCCCUAGGGGAUGGUGUUCCCAGUGCUCAGCAUCCACAAACACUUGUCUGUCCCCUUCGGCUGAGACACCAUGUGUGUGUGUGAAAUUGGGCUGGGGUUGAGAGAGAGAGAGAGAGAGAGAGAGAGAGAGAGAGAGAGAGAGAGAGAGAGAGAGAGAGAGAGAGAGAAGGGGGAAUCGUGCCCAUUAUCGGAACCAGAGUGACGCAGGUUUUUUACAACACUGCGCAGGUCAGCAGCCUUCCUUAGGUGAUCUCCUUCCCCAAUGAUCUUUUUGUUGCGAUGCUAAGGCAUCAGGCUGUACAUCAUGACACAGUCUUUGGCUCCGACAUAGUUCCAGAUCAGUGGUAUAUGUCAUGAUUUGCUGGAUUGUUCUACCAUCCAUGUGCCUGUCAGCAUGUCUGCACCGCCACCGCCCUGCACUUGUAAAGUCAGCAGCAGGCGUUAAGUUGCAGCGUGGACCGGUCAGUAUGUCUGCACCGCACGACAUGUGUGAAGUCAGCAGCAGGCGAUAAGUUGCAACGAGGACCUGUCAGUAUGUCUGCACCGCACGACACGUGCGAAGUCAGAAGCGUUAAUUUGCAACGUGGAGUUCCGUGCAUCAUUACAAGAGGGUGGAGGGUUGAGAGUCCAAUACUCCAUGCAACAUUAAGAAUGGGUGGUGGACUUUCGGACGCCGGUUUGAGACGCCUAAGAUGCAGGGAAUGAACAUGAGAAGAAAAAAGAAAAGGCCAGACAGGAGGAAGUGGAGAACAUAUGAACAGUACGGCAAUGGGGGAGUAAAUGAGAGGGGGGAUGGUUCAAAAGAGAUGUGAGAAAGGAUCGACGGGAAAAGAUAGGAGAGCACAAAAAUGGGAGUUGGGGAGGAGAGAGGAUGUGUUGGAUAAUGCGGUUGGAUGCCAGAGGAGGGUGGAGGGGGAUAGAUUGUGUGAAAUGGAAGGUAGUCAAGGGUGAUGGUAGAGGGCUCGGAAAGGAUUGCGCCCGCCCAGGGAUGGGAGGCAGGUGCGAAUUGUGAAAUGUGAAAGUGGAGGGAGAUAGAAGGUGAUGGAUGCGAGCUAUAACUCGCAAUAGGCGUUUAACGGCCCGAUGUGUAGCUGGCGACUUCUUUAUGUGGGUCAGCGGCUUUCUGGGGCGCAUUUCUGUACGAACAACAUGUGAGUACAUCAUCACAGCACUUGGUGAGAGAGCGCACGGACUCUCUGCCCCCGCCCAGGUAGCUGGCUGUUUGCUAGCGACCUAUAAACAACCAGUGAGGGGAAGGAGUGCAUACACUUGUUGCCGCUAGCAAACUGCCAGGCAUGGGAUGGAGUGCACACACUUUGCACACGGGCUCUCUGCCCCCAGCCAGGGGAGACUGUGCUUUGGGAAACUGUGUAUGCACUUCGUCAUUCAUUUUAUACAAAGAGUGUGACGAGGAAGGAUCUCCCUAGAUGCUUGGGCAGCAUAGCAAUCCUGCGCUAAACCCAUAUAACAUGUUCGUCUUGCAUUGGUUAUGUUAUGACAGUCCCUUGCUUUUUCAUUACUGUUUGUUUGCUGUAAGAUUAAUAGUCCGAUCGGUCAGCUGUCGUCUUUUCGUUCGUCCUCCGCUCGCUCAGCUGUUCUCUCUCCUCACCAUCACUUGGGCGAAGGCGAAUUCACUCGCCCAUGCCCGUCUUGGUUAAGAUUUGGGACGACGAGCUCGUGGAUUUGUAUUUGUCAGUGUGGCGAAAUCUUCAACCAUCAUUCGUCAUUGUUCGUUAUGAUUUCUUGAACCAUGCUGGGUUGAAGUCCCAAUGCAUCCUGUGCUCAUAUUUGCUGGUCAGUCUUUGUUUUGGGCCUCAAACAAGCCUCCAUAGUCCAUGAUGCUGCAUUUCUCAUUGACUC